AUGGUGGCCACCAUGCAGGAAGAUGGCGACUCUCACUGUGUUUGUGUAAAAACCACGUCCAAAGUCAAUGCUGAAAACAUCUUCAAACUGGAGGUGAUCAAGGCAGGACCCCACUGUGCCACAGCCCAGAUGAUAGCUACACUGAAGAGUGGAAGGAAAAUUUGCCUUGAGCGGCAGGUCACCCUCUUUAAGAGAUUAAUGAAGAAACUCCUGGACAGUUAG